CGAAAACUUUUGCUCGCCGUCUCUUCAAAAGCCACCAUAACUCUUGAAUCCUCCCCCCUUACCCCACACUCCCAAACCGUCAAUAACAAUCGCAACCAUGCCCGUCGACGACAAGAAGCUCAAGAAGGUCGUGAAGGAGGGUGGAAAGCGUGGUGUUGAGAUCGAGGGAGCCGCUACCAUGGGCGGUCUCGAGUUCUUCUGCACCAAGGUCGACGAGCCCGAGGGUGACGUUGAGCUCCUCAUCGAGUCCGUCAAGGCGAUGAACGCCCCAUGUGACGACGCCGAGGAAGAGCGCAAGGGUGGAGCCGGCGACAUUGGAAAGAUGAUCUUCUCUACCAACGACGAGCGCGUCGCGAUCGUUGCUCACGUCCCUGAGUCCAAGAAGGACAAGAUCGACGCCAAGGAGUGGCUCCAAAGCGUCGUCGGCCACUACGACGGCAAGGUCCUCUCCGGUGACAACCUCCUCGCGUCCGGCGAGAUCCUCGCCAACCCCGACAAGGGCAUCUUCACCCUCAAGGUCCGCGACGAGGCCCUCACCAAGGGUAUCGAGUACCUUCGCUCCAAGGGCUGCUUCCCUGAGGCCAACGACGACGACUCGGACGACGAUGUUGUCUUCGGUGAUGACUUUGACUUUGACAACGCGUAAAUGCAGCAUUGUCUCACCACGCAAAGCAUCCGCCAUAUUCCACCCCGCCAUAAAUAUCACCAUCACCCCGGCAUCCCGCGCUAGAACGGCGGUAGUUUUUUAGGAACAUCCAUCAAAUACCACCCACCUGUAUUUCAACGUAAUUUUUUCUUCAUAUUGAACCCAACGCUGGCUUGGUUGUACAAAGUGUUGCGAACAGUGUGUUUCUAUGGUUUAAUUGACCGUCUGAAGGCAGAUAUGAUUCUCUGCUUGUCCGGGUGGGGGCAAA